GCUGCAAUGGAAUCCGGGGAAGGGAGGAGCUGGCUACUUCUGUGAGCAGAGCAGCAGGCAAGUGAAGUGCACGCACGGGCAGGCCGCCAUGGUUAAGAUCUGCUGCAUCGGCGCUGGCUACGUCGGCGGCCCGUCCAUGGCCGUCAUCGCGCUCAAGUGCCCGGCCAUCGAGGUCGCCGUCGUCGACGUCUCCCGCCCGCGCAUCGACGCCUGGAACAGCGACCGCCUCCCGGUCCUCGAGCCGGGCCUCGACGCCGUCGUCAGGGCCUGCCGCGGCCGCAACCUCUCCUUCAGCGCCGACGUCGACCGCCACGUCGCUGACGCCGACAUCGUCUUCGUGUCCGUCAACACGCCCACCAAGGCCCGGGGCCUCGGCGCCGGCCGGGCCGCCGACCUCGCCUACUGGGAGAGCGCGGCGCGCGUGGUCGCCGCCGCGUCGCGCUCCGGCAAGAACAAGAUCGUCGUCGAGAAGUCCGCCGUCCCGGUCAGGACCGCCGAGGCCAUGGAGCGGAUGCUCCUCGCGCACAGCGGCGGCGGCGGCGCCACGUUCCAGGUCCUGUCCAACCCGGAGUUCUUCUCCGAGGGCACCGCCGUGCGGGACCUGCUCUGCCCCGACCGCGUGCUCAUCGGAGGCCGGGACACUGACGCCGGCAGGAGCGCCGUGCGCGCGCUAAGGGACGUGUACGCGCACUGGGUCCCCGAGGACCGGAUCGUCACCACCAGCCUCUGCUCGGCGGAGCUGUCCAAGCUCGCCGCGAACGCGCUCCUGGCGCAGAGGGUCUCGUCGGUCAACGCCAUCUCCGCGCUGUGCGAGGCCACCGGCGCCGACGUCUCGGACGUGGCGCGCGCCGUCGGUUGGGAUGACCGCGUCGGGGACGGCUUCCUGAACGCCGGCGUGGGGUUCGGCGGGUCGAGCUUCCAGAAGGACGUUCUGCGCCUGGCGUACGCCUGCGAGUGCAACGGGCUCCCGGAGGCGGCCGACUACUGGCGGCAGGUGGUCGCCGUGAACGAGUACCAGAAGAGCCGGUUCGUGCGUCGCGUGGUGUCGUCCAUGUUCAACACGGUGGCCGGAAAGAAGGUGGCCGUGCUGGGGUUCGCGUUCAAGAAGGGCGUCGGCGACACGAGGGAGUCGCCGGCGGUCGACGUGUGCAGGGGCCUGCUGGGCGACAGGGCCCACGUCAGCGUGUACGACCCGGCGGUGAGCGAGAAGCAGAUACGGAGGGACACGGCGUCGCCGGCGGCGGCGAAGGCGCAGGCGCAUCAGCAGGUACUCGUGGCGAGGGACGCGUACGAGGCCGCCGAGGGCGCGCACGGGCUCUGCGUCCUGACGGACUGGGACGAGUUCAGGACGCUCGACUACCGGCGGAUCUUCGACGGCAUGCAGAGGCCGGCGUUUGUCUUCGACGGCCGCGGCGUCGUCGACGUCGGGAAGGUCAGGGAGAUCGGCUUCGUCGUCUACUCGGUCGGCAAGCCGUUGGACCCCUGGCUCAAGGGACUACCAGCGGUGGCUUAGCCCAUUUCUGUUGCAGAAUCCGGCUAAGCUCUCUCUGUUUUUAUCCUAACGAAGCUUCAAAAACAUGAGCGCUUACAUAGAUAUCAUAUUU